AGGGAAUUCUGUGUUUUCAGACUACACGCGAAGGCACCACGCGGAGGCAGGAAGUUUUCAUUCGGACAAAUCGAAACCGAUCAUAAACUAGACUAGUACUGUACUAGUUAGUACACUGUAGUUGACACCGUCGUAUCAACAAGAGCACCGUGUUUUUUGAUGGAUACUGAAAAUUACGUAGCUAAAUUGAACGAGUACACUCAGAGAACACGUUCGGAAUUGAAGUACGAGGACGUCAGAAGCGAUGGCCCGGAUCACAUUAAAACAUUUACCAUAAGAGUUGUUGUCAAUGGCGAGGCAUAUCCAGAGGGCGUGGGAAACAAUAGGAAGGAGGCCAAACAGAACGCUGCCAAAUAUGCUUUAGAAAGCUUAAUGGAAGAGAAGGAGCAUGCAUCAGAUGCUUCUCUUGGACCAGUCAGUCAAACAGUCAAAAAUCACGUGUCCUGGCUCAAUGAGUAUGGCCACACAAUCAAGAUGGCAGUCAAAGUUAUCGAUUCCAUAAAACCUGGAUCGUACGAGCCUUUUCAAUGUAGAUUUUUAGUUGGGGACAUUAAGUAUCCAGUUGCCACUGGGACAACAAAGAAGGAAGCUAAGGAAAAAGCUGCUAAGCUUGCAUAUCAUGACAUAUAUGAAGCGUCACUGAGCGAAAAUGAGAAUACCCCUGGUUCUUCAAAUCAAGAAAAGGAGGAAAUGUCAGCGAUCUGUGAUGAACUACGAAGUUUGAAGGCUGAAGAUGAUGGCUCUGUCAAGACCAAUUUUGUCGGAGCUAUCAACGACUACUGUCUGAAAACACACCGCACUCUAAAAUUUAUCGAAGAGGCGAGAAGCGGCCCAUCUCAUAACCAUAUAUUUUACUACAAGUUAGUGAUUGAUGGCAAGGACUACACUGUGACUGCAGGAAAUUCUAUCAAGGAAGCCAAGCAAAAUGCUGCUCAGUCGGCCCUCUCUGCCCUUGAAAAUGAAGACACUGAGGUCUUGCGGUCCUCCCGAAGUACACCAAGCAGCAGGAUGUCCUCUCCAAACUUGUUGGGAUCCCUUGAUGCAAAAUUAAAAAACAAGAUUAUGACCCCCCCAAGCGUUUCGGGACAAUUUGAUGAGUCUUCUCCCAAGUCUCAGGGCAAAAGUCCAGACUGCAAGCCCAGAAGAAAAAUUGCAGUAAAUUUUCCAAAUGCAAUUGGACAACAGAGUGCAGAUUUGAAAGACCCUGAAAAUUAUAGUGAGCAAAAAUCACAGUUAGCCAGUUCAAGGUUCAAACAGGACUUUAACUGUAUAACAUACAUAAACAAAGGAUCCUUUGGCUGCGUUUUCAAGGCAAAACACAAGCUUGAGGGAAAGUACUAUGCUGUGAAGGUUGUCCACUGUAAAGAAAAAUCUUUACGGGAAAUAUCAGCUUUAUCAGAGCUUCAACACACCAACAUUGUAAGAUACUACACAUGUUGGAUGGAAGAUACUGCUUACGAAUGUGGCAGUGAAGAGGACAGUUCCUCUUCCCAAAAUUCUUCUGAAAGGUUCCUCUAUAUUCAGAUGGAGCUAUGUGACAACAAAACUCUCCGAAAGUGGAUUAAUGACGUGAACCUUCAGAAUGUGAAUCCUACACAAAGGAGGGAAAACAGUUUUGCCAUUGUACAGCAAAUUGUCUCAGGAGUCACAUGCAUUCAUGACAAAAUGUUAAUCCACAGAGAUUUGAAGCCUGCCAACAUCCUGUUUGGGCUGAAUGAAAUGGUGAAGAUUGGAGACUUUGGCCUCGUUACUGAGGAAAAUUACAAUGAGAACAGAAGCAUUAACAAGGGAACCCGAAGUUAUAUGGCGCCUGAGCAGAAAGACAAGAUUGAGUACGACCGAAAAGUGGACAUAUUUGCUCUGGGUUUGAUUUAUUUUGAGCUCCUCUGGUUCAUGGCUACCAGCGCUGAAAGGGUAAAGCUUUGGGAUGAUGUCAGAAACCAGAAACUCCCUCCAGGCUUUUCAUACCUUUUCCCUGCAGAGGAAGAAAUGAUCAAGUUAAUGCUUUGCUUGAAGCCAGAAGACCGGCCUGAAGCAAGUCAACUCCAGACCAACCUUCAGGAAUGGGCUAUUGCACUUAAACUUGCUAAAGACAGAAAGACCGUCUAAUUAAAGCAUUUUUAAAUUAACAGUUGUAUAUUUAACUUACAAUGAAAGUUAGCCACAAUUUAUACAUAUACUGUACGUUCGUACAACAGAAUCAUCUUUUGCCAACUAUGUCCAAAAAACACACAAGGAAUUUGUUCCUUCAUCAGUUGCUAUGUUUACAUGUCUAUACAUGUAACAACAACCUGACGACAAGACCAUAUUUUGGGUAAACCAUCGCUUCUAGAAUAUUACCUUUAUAUAUAAUAAAAGUGUUUUUUAAACUAUUUGGAUCCAGUUGAAAUUUUUCCAAGGGCUCCCUCAUAAUCCUAUGCGACAAUUAUCCAUCCAUCCAGCCAUCCAUUUUCUGUACAGCGAUCUGGAAUCUUCUGACGUCUGCCUCCCCUGUGCCCUUUUUAUUCAAGCUUGAGUAGGUGGUAUCACAUUCCAUGACCUUUUAAGGACUUGUUUGUUCUUAUCAAUAUGUGGUCAGUGUCUAGAGGUGUGGAAUGUGCAUUGUAGUACUUUUCCAAACUGCUUCUGUUUCCAGUUUUUUUAUCAUCUUUAUGCAGCUACAGCAACAGUGUGUUUUUAUGUAAUAAUAUAUAGAAUUACCGGUCCCCAGCCAAUCGCAGGGCACAUAUGGAUUGAUUCUGUCAGCCUUGUUAAAAAGACAAACGAGUUUCAAAAAUAAAAGUAUUUCAGACGAU